AGUCAAAAUGUAAAUAAAUAAAUAAAUAAUGGAAAAAGAGAGAGGGCGGAGCUAAGUGUGAGUGAAAGUGAAACUUAGCAGUGUACCGAGAGCCAGUGUCUGUAACUAAAUAUGUUCUGUUUAGUUAAAAAUUAAGUUGAUGUUCGGCAAAUGGGAUGCCUUCUUUUAAACAUGUGACUGAAACGCGCUGCUGCUCGCGCUGCGGACUCGCGGUGCUCUCGCGAGGGAUCGCGCUGAAAUCGCGCUAAAAUCGCGCUGGACAGAAAAAAAGGCGAGCAGGCUGAGUUUUCCCCGCGGUGAAAAACGGGUCCGUCUAAGACGUGCACCAGAGGCAAACGACUCUUAACCUCCAUUCUGAGGUAGUUUAAGACACCAGUGCAGGAUUGGAGAAGGAGACUGUUGCACAGGCGUCCACACGGAGGAGAGAGGAGAAGCUGAGUUGUGCAGAGAGGUGUUUCAGCUCGUGUUUGACUGCAGAGAGGCACUGGUUAUCAACCUGUUAACUAAAUCCUGGAAAUAAUAAAAAUCCCUAAGAGGAGGCAAAGUUUCAUCUGUUGUGGGGAAAUUUACUAAAAUAUCCAGAGUUUGGGAGUGGAUACAAGCGCCCUAAUUGUAGUCACAACACAGGCUUUUUCAAGUUAAGCCAAGAACUGAAACGAACCUGAGAUAACUUGACAGUUGAUAACCACCAAAGUGGGGUCCUUAGUAUCAAACAACCUGGAAGAAAAAUGGCAGAGGAACUCUUUGGUAAAACAGUGGAUGAGCUAAAAAGAUGGAGGACUGUUGCAAAAAGUGCCCUGACCAAGCAGGCUAAUUUUCUCAGUAGAGGUGGCCAUAACUUGACUGAAUCAGAGCUCAGGGAAGAGUUUAAGAAGCUUGAUGAUGCAGCAAGAAAAGUCUGGGAAACCAAUGAUGACUACAGGGCUGGUCUACUAGCUGAGAAAGAGGCUAAAGCUGAGUUUGGUGAGCAGGUGACACUUGAGGAGCAGAUAGAGAAUGAUAUUGAAAACACAGUCCAAGAAUGUAAAUCAAGAUUGGAUGAAGGAAGGAAGAUUGUUCAGACUUAUCUUUGGUCUAAAUAUGGGGAGGCUCAGCUGCUGACUGCUAUUCAGGAAGCUGAAAAAGCUUGUGAUGAUGCAACUGCUAUCCCCGCAAAUGGUACCAAUUGUGAUGGCUAUGACGUGCAGCUGGAUAUUGUGGACAAGUUGAUUAUUGAGGCAACUAAAGCACUGUCAAACUGGGAGCAGUGGAUUCCCGAAGCAGAUAAAGUUAGUCUUGGGAACAGUGUAAAGUCGUUUAAAGUAAUUGGCAACAGGCUCCAAGCAAGAAGAGUUGAGUUUGUUACAGCACGGAGAAUUGCAGAGGAAGAAAAGGCUGCUACUGUACUUCGAGCAUCAGUUAUGCCUGCCAUGCCAGUUAUCAAACUAAAACCCACCAGUCUACCUAGGUUCUAUGGCAACAGAAGGGAUUUUCAUCAUUGGAAGAAAGACUGGGAAAGCCUGCAAAAGCAGGGAGAGCCAACUGGAUCAGCAGAGGUUAAGAAAAUUCAGCUCCUUGACAGUCUAGAUGACAAAAUCAUCAGAGACCUUAGGCUUUCAACAUACAACACAGCUGGUGACAUACUCAGAGUGUUAGAAAACCGGUAUGGAAACAAGUCCUCAAUUGCAAUGGAAAUUGUAGAGAGCCUGGAGAAGAUUCCAGCAGUGCAAGAAAGCCAGCCUAGGAAGGUGAUAGACCUAAUCCGCACAGUGGAAAAAGCCCUGGUAGACCUCACAGAGUUAGAGGACACCGGAGCCAUUAAGAACCCCUUGGUAAUCAAGUCCAUAGAGAGCAAGCUGCCAGACUCUGUGAAAAAGGAUUGGCUUAUCUUCAUGGUCAACCCCAGUAAUGGUGUCAAGCCAGACAACCACUUUGACAACCUCCUGAAAUUUCUAAAGACACAAGAAGAGGUCUUUGAGAGGCUUGAACAGCUUGGAGUCACAGAAAAACUAGAGAGACCAGAUAAGCUAAACAGGAAAUUGGAAAAGAAAUAUGCUUCUACAAAAAACACAAAAAAAGACGAGUCAGAAGAUGGGUGCAGUAUCUGUGGUGCAGAUGGCCACAAGAAUAAAGUCUACUUUUGCAAGAAAUUCAGGAGACUUCGGCUCUCCGAAAAGAAGGAUGCUGUUAAAAAACUGGGAGCAUGCAGGAAGUGCCUUGGGUGUCACGAGACUGAUGACGGCUGUAAAGACACCUUUCUGUGCAAGAAUAAAGACUGCAGAAAGGGCAGCUGUUCAGACCACCACUUUUUCCUUUGCCCAAAAGCAGAAGAAAAAAGAGCCAAAGAUGGAAAUGGCACAAGGACUUGUGAAAGAAAAGUCAGGCUGACUGAAGAGCAAGAACGUUUCUUAGCUGAACUCCCUCCAGAAAUGGCAGAAAAGUGCAAAAAGGCUUUUACCAAUAAGACUAGCAUGACAGACUGCAGUAAUCAAAUAGGACUUGUGAAGGAAAACGGACUUCAAGAACUCCCUGUCAUUAUGAUGCUGCUGGAGGUUACAGCCAAUGCAGGCCAGAGAAUUGGAACUCUAAUAGAUCUUGCAUCAGACACCAAUUACAUCACCCAUGAGGCCGCUGAUAGGCUAAGACUCAGAGGUGAAGAAGUCACAUUAGUCGUGCAUGGGGUUGGUGGAAUGACCAUGCAAGAGAGAACCAAGAGGUAUCUUCUCAGAGUCCGGGUCAAAACUCCCAAAGGAACAGAGAUUGCACAUGAAAUGAUUUGCUAUGGUUUGGAUGAGAUUGCCAAAGUACAUCGAGGUGUCACUCCUAUGCAACUGAAAAGGUUCUUCCCAGAGGCCGAGCUUGAAGAGCUAAAAAGACCUGAAGAGAUUGAACUCCUUAUCAGCCACCGGGAGGGCAAACUCGCACCACAAAGAGUGAAAAUUGUGGGAGAUCUUGUCUUAUGGGAAAGCCCACUUGGAAAGAUUGUGGGUGGAGCACACCCUGACCUCUUUGAGGAGAUAGAGGUUGCAGCGCAUGAAUCCAAGACACAUUUUGCCCGCUCUAUGAGAACAGCUGCAGUCAAGUAUGAAGAAAAAGUCAUACAACCCAAGGAAGAAGUAAUCUGGCUGUCACAAAAGGCUAUGGCUACGACUGUAAGUACAGCUGUUGGAAGCCGAGAGUUCCUUGAAUGGUGGCGGUGGGACAGUAUUGGGGCAGCUUGUGAACCAAAGUGUGGAGGUUGUCGCUGUGGAACCUGCCAACCAGGAGGGAAAGAGAUGACCUUAGCAGAGGAAAGAGAACUCGAGGUAAUCAAAGAAGGGCUCACAUACAUCAAAAAAGAUGCUCACAGUAAGACACCCCAUUGGGAUGCAAAGUAUCCAUGGACUGAGGAUCCAGCUUCUCUUCCCAACAACAGAAGAGGAGUGGAAGCAACUUUCCUGAGGACAGAAAGGCAACUCAUUAAAACACCUGAGUGGAAGGCUGCCUACACAGCUCAAGUCCGUGACAUGGUGGAGCGGGGAGCUGCGAAAAAACUCACAACUGAAAUCAGCAGCUGGAAGGGACCAGUGUGGUAUGUGAGUCACUUGGUUGCUCCAAACCCCCAUUCAGUAACAACUCCAGUAAGGCUUGUAUGGAAUAGCAGCCAGAAGUUUGAAGGGUUAAGCAUGAAUGACCUUCUGCUCAAGGGGCCAGAUGUCCUUAAUCCAAUCAGAGCAGUGUUACUAAGAUUCCGGAAUGGGGUACAUGCAGCAUUAGGUGACAUCACAAAAAUGUACAAUUCGGUGUGGUUGGAAGAGCGUGAGAUGCACCUUCACCGCUUUCUUUGGAGAGACAGUCCAGAAGAAGAUUUAAGUGAGUAUGCCAUUACUAGAGUCAAUAUCGGAGACCGACCAGCAGGGUGCAUUGCUCAGUUAGCUAUGAGGGAGACAGCCAGACUGCCCGAAUUCACUGACCUUAAAGAGGCGAGGAGAGUCCUUGAAGAGGACAGCUAUGUAGACGACAUUCUUACCUCUCAUAACAGCAAAGAUAUUCUGGACAAGAUAGUUGCCAUGGGUUCGGUCAGGGCAAAGUGA